AUGGCAACCAAACGAAAAUUAAAUACGCUUUCUAUUCAGGAGAAGAAACGACUAAUUGAAGAAGUGGAAAAAGGUUCCAAAAAGAAAAACCAAAUCGCAAAAGAGUUUGGAAUUCCAAGCAGUACAUUAUCGACCAUAUUGAAAAACAAAGAGGCUAUUCUGGAAAAGUGUGUUGACGGCUUUGAGAAACGAAAGAGAAUUCGAGUUAGCGAGUUUCAAGAUAUGGAAAAAUGUUUAAUGAUUUGGAUAACGCAAUGCAGAGCACAAAACAUCCCUCUGAAUGGAAAUUUAAUAAAAGAGAAAGCCGAAGCAUUUGCUAAGGAAUUAGGCCAUUUAAGUUUCAAAGAAAGCAAUGGAUGGUUCGAGAAUUUUAAAAACCGAAACAACAUUACAUUUCUUAAGGUUGAGUUUCUUCCCCCAAACACGACAUCAAAAUUACAACCCCUUGAUCAAGGGAUCAUUCACAGCUUUAAGAUCAAAUAUCGCCAUCAAGUUGUGAAAAAACUUUUGGCUGAAAUUGAAGAAGGAGUCAAGUCUUCUGGAGUGACCAUAUUAGAAGCCAUGCGAAUGACUGACAAAGUUUGGAAUAGUGUAACUUCCUCAACCAUCAGAAAUUGCUUUAAGAAAGCUGGAUUCGUAAAGAAUGAAGAGGAUGUCCCCGUAUGCGACAUAAGUGAUGAACCUGAGAUGAGUGUGUCAAGGACAGAUUGGGGACGACUUUCCGAACGUUUGGAUUUAAAUGAAGUGCAAUUUCAAGACUUCCUAAACGUUGAUGAAGAAGUUGCAGUAUGUGGUCGAUGGGAAGACCACGAAAUUAUUUCUCAAAUAACCGCUGGCGAUCCAAUUUCCGAAGAGGAUGAAGAAGAAGAGAUCUGCGAUCCUCACCAAAAACCUACAAACAAAGAAGCCCUAUCCGCUACUGAUGUUCUACGAAGAUUCAUCGAAUCCCGUCCACAUAUGACAGAAGAGACUUUUAGAGCACUUUCUCAUUUAGAACUUGUAGUGGAACGAGAAAAGGACUUGAAUUUGAAGCAAACCGGCAUCGAUUCUUUUUUUAAAUGA